GUUCAGUAUGUAACAGCACCAGAAAACGCACAUCAACAUGACAACAUUUCUGCUUCUCAUCCUUUUGUCCUGUCUGGAGUCAGGCUCUGGUGUGCAUGCGAUUGACGUGACUGGAUAUGUUGGAGGUGACGCUGUGUUCAGAUGCCCUUAUGACUCUGGAUAUGAGGAAUACUCCAAGUACCUCUGCAGAGGGUCGUGUCACUUUGGACAUAAAGACAUUCCAGUCCAGAUUACAGCAGGUCAGACAGAUAACAUAGUUAAGACUGAAAAUGGUCAGACCAAAGCAGUCAAUGGCAGAUUCUCUCUGCAUGAUGACACCACUGCUAGAGGCCUCACUGUGACCAUCACUGGACUGAGUGCAGGGGAUUAUGGACAGUACUGGUGUGCCAUAAAAACAGGAUUUGGAAAAUCUGAUGUGUACACUGAGAUACAGUUACAAGUUCUACAGCCCGUGUCAGAACACCCAACAGAAUUUGCCACAACUGAAAAAGGAAAAUCAAACACAAGUGUACUGGCAGGUACUGUUGUGGGGUUUAUUCUGAUUCUAAUAGCGGUCUGUGUCCUGUUGCUGUUUCACCUCCAAAAGAGACGAAAAGACUCAAAGACUUUAGAUUGUGUAUCCACAAUUACUGGCUCCCUCCCACAGUCAAGUAGAGACACAGCAGCAGAAAACUAUCAUCCAGCUCCAGCCUCAGCGUUUGAGCCUGAUUGGGACCCUCCAAACCCCUCAGCUACCUGCACCAGCACCACAAUCACUCCAUCUCAGAUUGAGCCCACGUACUUGGCCCUGAAGCCCAGCAACUCAGCUUCCCCUGACUCUGUGUACCAGACGAUGAGUGCUGUGCCCUUGAGGAAGGCCAAGGUGGCCGUGUCAAGUUCUGUAAGGAGCGUGGACAACGAGUACAUCACCAUGGGACAUCCGUUGUCAAGAGCUAUGAAGCCUCAUGGGAGAAACUCAAGGCUCCCAUUUUAAAUAAUCUGACUACCUUCUAUGAUUACUUUUUUUUUAAGUUGCUGUUGCACCUUUUUUUUACAAACACAUUGUGCAUUUGCAUUAAUACACAUCUUAUGGAUCUCUCCUGAAGACUGUAACUUAAUCUUAUAUUUUUUGGUUGAUAAUAUGUGAAACUAUUGUUUGAAACUGUGAUGUGGCGUUUGGUUAAGUUUUUGUACUGAUAGAUUUGUCUCAGAGUCCUGCAACAGGUCGGGUACCCGCAUAAAAGUUGCUAAAAUGGGUGGAUUGUGACAUUCCUAAAAUUCACAGACGGGGAUGCAGGUGGAUAAUGAACUCCUUGCUGGCGGGUAGCGGAUGAGAACCAAAACAGUAUUUUAGUUUGCUUAAAAAAACAUAAAUGAAAAAUAUGUACAAUAUUUGUAUGUCUAAAUUACCAUUACCACAUUGUAAAUAUGUGUUUUAGUCAACGAUAGGCUACGACCUUUGACCAUCACGUCACUACUGCGACUUUGAUUUGUUCGAUGCAUCUUGUAGUUGGAGCGUUGCCAGCAUAGGCAUAGGCCUACAUAUAGGCUAUCCAUUGUUGACAGGCUCAGGUUGUAUUUUUUCUUGUAAUAGUUUUUUUCUUGUAACAUUAAUAGGUCUAUUUGUGUAAUGAUUUGAUGCAGCAAGUGUUGGGUUAUGGUUCAUUAUUUAGCCCUAAUGCAAAAUGUUAAAGAAAAGGUGCCGAUGGUAGGCUACUUGAAUCGCGCAAAAUAAAGCGCACUUUAGGCUGGUUCAUUGACUUAAGAUUUAGAUUGAAUGCGAAAUACUCAAAUAAAAUGUGAAAGUUGA